AUGUCCUCCACCAACCUCUCAUUCACCACCCCUAUCAACCCCCCAGGCGCAGAGCCUGUUCUCACGCGUCCCCAGGUGUGGGCUGGGCUCCAGCGCAAGGUUCGCCACGCAAACGAGUUUGUACCCAUGAUCCUCACUUGUGAGGUCGUCUCCGAGGAAGCCAAUGUUGUCACCCGGGUCAUCACCUUCGAAAACGGCAAGUCCCCGAUCCGAGAGGUAUGCACUGAAUACGAGCCCAGCCGAGUCGAGUUCAUCUUGGAGGAUGGCUCCAAGGUCCAGAACAUCGUCAGCGUGGGAAUGUCGCCCGACAACUCUGGAUCAGAUAAGGACCUCUUUUUGACCUAUGCCUUCGAAUGGAAGGUGCCCCAGGGCGUCACGAAGGGAACCCCGCAGUGGGAUGAGAUCGUGGCGAACCACACCAAGAUGUCAACCGGAUCUCUGUUGAAUACCGUGACAGUCUUGAGGAACAUGGCCAAGGAUGGACGUAUUUGA